AUGAAAGCGGAAGCUGAGCAUGUGGAUGCAGGACUGGCCGUGGCUGAUCUCCACUCUCACCCUCACCCGCUGCUGGAUCCCAGCAUGACUGGGCCUCUGCCUCCGGGCCUGGGCGACCACGACCUCCUCACCUGUGGCCAGUGCCAACUAACCUUUCCCCUGGGGGACAUUCUGCUCUUCAUCGAGCACAAGAAAAAGCAAUGCCAGGGUCUGACGACCGGCCAUGGCUGCUACGACAAGAUGGCAGACCGCAAUAGCCCCUCGCCGCCCCGCGCAGAGCUGAGGAAAGUGGUGGAACCGGUCGAAAUUGGAAUCCAGGUGACGCCUGAAGAAGAGGACGAGAGACUGUUGACGCUCCCAAAAGGAAUUUGCCCCAAGCAAGAAAGUGGCCUGGCAGGUAGAGAUGAACCUUCGAGUUACAUAUGCACGACGUGCAAACAACCCUAUUCCAAUGCCUGGUUCCUUCUGCAACACGCUCAGAACACGCAUGGGAUACGCAUCUACUUGGAGACCAACCCCUCGAAUACCUCCCUGACCCCACGGAUCACUAUUCCUCCCCCCAUUGGUGCUGAAUCCAUACCACAGUCCCCGUUAACCAGCUUUUUAGGGGACAACAACCCGUUCCACCUCUUACGGAUGACUGGGCCCUUACUCCGAGAGCCCCCACCUGGCUUUGUGGAAAACCGCCUCCCUAAUACGCCUCCUUUUGUCAGCCCCCCUCCUCGCCAUCACUUAGAUCCCCAUCGCCUAGAACGCCUUAGCGCAGAGGAAAUGGGUUUAAUCUCCCAGCAUCCCAGUGCCUUUGAGAGAGUGAUGCGCAUGACACCCAUGGCCAUGGAGUCCCAGUCCAUGGAUUUCUCCCGCCGACUUAGAGAGCUCGCUGGAAACAACAACUCCACUCCACCGCUGUCACCAAGCCGUGCAAACCCUAUGCAUCGCCUCCUCAAUCCCAACCCCUUCCAACCCAGCCCGAAGUCGCCCUUUCUGAGCACCCCUCCACUACCUCCCAUGCCCCCUAAUAGCACCACCCCACCGCAGACACUGGGCAAGUCGAAGUCCUGUGAGUUCUGUGGCAAGACCUUCAAGUUUCAGAGUAAUCUGGUUGUUCAUCGGCGAAGCCACACGGGCGAGAAACCCUACAAGUGCCAACUGUGUGAUCAUGCCUGUUCUCAGGCUAGCAAACUGAAACGCCACAUGAAGACCCACAUGCACAAGUCUGGCUCCAUGACGGGGCGUUCUGAUGAUGGCCUGUCCACCACCAGUUCACCCGAGCCAGGCACUAGUGACGUCACUGGGGAGGGUAUGAAGAACAGAGACGGUGAUUUUAGAGGUGAGGGCAUGGGCCCUGAAAAUGAAGAGGAGGAGGAAGAGGAAGAAGAGGAGGAACUAGAAAAUGAAAGCAGGCCUGAGUCAAACUUCAGCAUGGACUCGGAGUUCAGUCGGAAUAGGGAAAAUGGCUCAAAGCCACCUUUGGAUGAGAAGAACCUCUCCUUGGGGAAGAUGGUGGAAAACGUAGGGCUCAGCUCCAUCCAACAGUACAAUAACUUAAUAGUCGACAAUCGGAAAAGGCUUCCGUUCUCCAAAAGGAUGUCAGAAGGGCAGAGGGAUGCGGGUGACCGUGAUUCAGUAACAGGGGAAAUGGACCAAGUGGAGCGGGCAACUGUGAAUGGAAGGAACUGUGGCUCGGGUGACUCUUUCUUAGGCCUGUUUCCCCGCAAGCCCACUCCCAUCACCAGCCCCAGCCUCUCCAACUCCUCUAACAAGAGGAUCAAAAUCGAAAAGGAUUUGGACAUACCCCCAGCCCCCCUAAUCCCAUCUGAAAACGUCUACUCCCAGUGGCUAGUGGGCUAUGCAGCAUCCCGCCACUUCAUCAAAGAUCCCUUUCUUGGCUUCACCGAUUCCAGACAAUCUCCAUUUGCCACCUCCUCGGAGCACUCUUCCGAGAACGGCAGCCUGCGAUUCUCCACGCCGCCAGGGGACCUGCUGGACGGGGGCCUCUCCGGCCGUAGUGGUACUGCUAGUGGAGGCAGCACCCCACACUUGGGUGGGGGGCCGGGAUCAGGCCGGCCCAGCUCAAAAGAAAGCCGGAGGAGUGACACCUGUGAGUACUGUGGGAAGGUGUUCAAGAACUGUAGCAAUCUGACAGUGCACAGACGCAGCCACACAGGCGAGAGGCCCUACAAGUGUGAGCUUUGCAACUACGCCUGCGCCCAGAGCAGCAAGCUCACCCGCCACAUGAAGACACACGGCCAGCUCGGACUUCCUGUGAUGUGUAGUUGAACGCAUUCUCAGAAGUAGCAACACGCUUACAGAAUGCACAGCUGAAUUUUCCCUUUUCUUUUCUCUCCUAUCCAACUGAUUUAUUGGCAGUUAAACAGCCUUCUUUCGACAAGAUGCCCUAACCAGCGCAAAUGAUUGAAGCGAGGGAAUAUCGUGGUUUUAAAAAGAGCAAAGCAAACUAAUGACACAGAAAGAAAGAGAGAGAGAAAGAAAGAAAAAUAAACAUACGCAGCUCUUCGCAAUUGACCCGCACUUUAUUAUUUUGAUUUACAUAUUUGAAAACAAUAGCGAAAACGGCUUCUGAGCAAGAAAUUAUGUUCAAAUACAAAUUUAUUGGGCCUUGCUAGAGGGAGCAUCUGAGAUUGAAGUGCCAGUGUUGAUAGGCUUGGCUUUCACAAUGCUGGCACUAUAAAAAUGAAAUUAAUUUAUUUGGACAGUUUUUGUACUGCCAUUCAAUUUGACAUGAGUGUGCCUUGAAUACUGAUCUUCCUAUUUAUUGUCUUAUAAGACAAAUGCAACACUUUUGUGAAGCAAAGAAUUGAAAAAAAAAACAAUUAAGUCCAUGUGGUUUUAAUCUGCUUCUAGAGGAAUAAUGAUAAAAACAGAUACAUAGGUCACUUAUAGAACUGAAAUGAAAAGUAGUUGAAGUUGAACUAAAAUGAAAAGUAGCCAGAACAAUACUAAUGUGUGUCUAUGUGUGUAUAUAUAUG